AUGCAGCGAAACCAUUGCAGCUGUUCGUUCACCGGGCUCCAAACAAUUGCAGCAAAUCUCGGCCAAGAGAAACUUUCCUUCGAUGACCUUCUACAAACCGGCUCUGAAUUCAUUGGCUAUUUCCAAACAAUCAUCAACUGUGAAAGAUGUGUCACCACCAAACGGAUGACGAAUAUGUUGUCUCAAAUCACCUCACGACUUGUUUGUUUUUAUGAAGCGGCCUACUUGAAUGCUGCUACAAAUACAAUACAACCAAGAACACGGUCGACCAGCGACGCGGGGUUACUGCUGUCGCCUCCUCUAUCACAACAUGACCAUCUAAGCCCUUUGUUUCCGGCAACACAACCAUCACCAAGCUGCCAGUUGAUGCUCGGCGAGAUGAAACUUGGGAAACUUACACUUGAAGGGAAUGAGGCAAGGAUCCUAGCAGAGGUGGUUCUGGUGGAUACUUGUCUUGAGCUGAAUGAAAAGAUACAGGAAUGGAGACUCGUUAUGGAUGAAACAUCGGAGUUUACUGAAGAGCAGUGUGAUAGUGUUUCAUUAAAUUGCUUGGAUAGAUUGGCCAAAUUAAUCGGCUUACUGCAGUUUGAUGGGCUUCCCUAG